GAAACGCGGCAUGUCCGGUGUUAUGUGGACGCAAUAUCCUUUAACUUUGGAAAUCAGCACCGGAAACGCUUUAUUUCAUGAAUGUAACUUAACAAGGAUUUCGCGUUUUGCUUCGUUAGCUGUCAGCCACGUCACCUGGUCUCGCUGAAACUUUAGUUCCAGACAACUGCCUUGUGAGCAGAUGCUAACUGAUGCUUGUUUUGUUUUUGUUUACGAAUCGGCACACGUCGACGGUUGGGUGAACGGCGAUCAGCGCUCGGCAUCUUUUUGUAGCCUUUUUCAUAAGCUCGUAACGCGAAUUGCAUUUACUUGUCGGCCCAGUGGCCAUAGUUAUUCAACUAAAUCAAGGUGUACUGUAACUGAAACGGAAACACAAAAUGAACGCCUUUCGCCUGGCUGGUGAUUUGUCGCAUCUAUUGGCCAUCAUUAUUCUCUUAAUAAAAAUAUACAGAUCCAGAUCAUGUGCAGGCAUCUCUGGGAAGUCUCAGGUGCUGUUUGCGCUCGUCUUCACCACCAGAUACCUUGACCUAUUCACCAUAUUCAUUUCUCCUUACAACACAGUCAUGAAGGUGGUGUUUUUGGCGCUGUCCUACGCGACCGUGUACAUGAUCUACAUGCGCCACAGGGGCACUUACGACUCUGAGAAUGACUCGUUCCGUGUGGAGUUCCUGUUGGUGCCAGUUAUUGGCCUUUCCUUACUGGAGAACUACGCGUUCACGCCAUUGGAGGUCCUUUGGACCUUCUCGAUCUUCUUGGAGUCCGUGGCCAUCAUGCCGCAGCUCUUCAUGAUCACCAAGACGGGCGAGGCCGAGUCCAUCACCACCCACUACUUGUUCUUCCUCGGCCUGUACCGAGCCCUUUAUAUCGCCAACUGGUUGUGGCGCUACCACACGGAGAACUUCUUUGACCAUAUCGCCGUGGUGGCGGGUGUCGUCCAGACCAUUUUCUACUGUGACUUUUUCUACCUUUAUGUCACAAAAGUGCUCCGGGGGAGAGGAAAAAUGAGCUUGCCGAUGCCCGUUUAGUCACCGGUCGGAGCGCACAGACCAACCCCCUCGACUGUACGACUUUUAACUCUGGGGACAGAUGAGCUGACAUUCCGUCGAGCAAAACAAGUGCUUUACUCCGAAUGUAAUUGCCGCCUGGCUGGUACUUCUUUUUCGGUCUUUGUAUGUUGACAAUGUUUUUACGUGCGGCCGACAUUUGGGCAACCUUUACCAUCACUAUAUGAACACCAUUUGCUUUCAUAAUUGAUGUCACAAAGACAAACGAAUGCAGUUUCCUACACGUCAUGUACUAUGAGUCGAUGAAUUGUAGACCCCGCCCCCUCAAAUAUUUGUCGGAAUCAUAGUCCAUCUACAAUCUCCAUGAGUGCUUACACUUUGGAAUGUUCUAAACAUUUCUGCAUGAACGCAAACAUAACUUUGUAUGUAAAAGUGUACCCAGUCAUGGAGCACAAAGUGCCUUCUUUCAUUUGGAAUUAUUAGACACUCCUCCUUUAUUCAUACGGUAUCUUUCCCCCUUCGUGCCAAGGAUGUGUCCGUGAUGCGUUAUUUUUUUUUUUUUCUCUCAUUUACUUUUUCUCAGGAUGAUGCGUUUCGUCACAGGAGUAAAAAGGGCUCAGCAUUUUUUUUUUUCAGGAACAGCAGCCAAAAAUGAAGCAUAACCGUGUAAUAUAAAUAGAAAUUCAUUCCAAUGUAUCAUUUUAGCUGUAGUCAGGAUUUAUUAUUAUUUUUUAACUUUAAAUGUGUUUUCCGCUCUAAAUUAAAUUGCACAUUUAUUAUCA